AUGAGUUGUUUAAGAACUCAAAUGAGAUAUUUGAAUGCGUACGAUGCUCACAAACUAAUCAUUAAUGAAUACGUGUUAAAACGACCUGGUGAUACUCAAAUUUUCAAAAGGGACACAUCAAAAGACAAAACCGAUGCAGAUGUAAUAAGAAAAAACCACAGAUUUCUCUGGGAAGGCGAAGAUAAAGCUGAUACAUGGGAGCUGCAAUUUGCAAAAAAAUACUAUGAUAAAUUAUUUAGGGAGUAUUGUAUAGCAGACUUAUCUUUGUAUAGAGAAAACAAGUUAGCUUUAAGAUGGAGAAUUAAACAAGAAGUAAUCAUUGGAAAAGGGCAGUUUAUAUGUGGAAAUAAAAAAUGUUGUGAAAAAGAAGAUCUACGAACAUGGGAAGUGAACUUCAGGUACAUGGAGGAAGGAAAAAAGAAGAAUGCUUUGAUUAAAAUCAGAUUGUGCCCUGAGUGUUCAAGAAAACUGAAUUAUCACAGUAAAAAAAGAGAAGUUAAGAGAUUAAAAAGGAAACCAAAUAAAGAAAAGAAAAAACACAUACACAAAUCAAAAGAUAAAGAGUCAUCUAUUAAACCAUCAUCAUCUGCUCAGUCUACUAGUACAACAUGUUCAGAGGGAAAAAAUCCCACAAAAGAAAGUUCCAAAGAAUCACCUUGGGAAAAUCACAAACCAGAAGAAGUCAAAUCAAGGGAGGAAGAAAUGGAAGAUUAUUUAGAAGAUUUACUUUUGUAG